AUGAGACCAAUCAGGAGGCGGUUUCCUAAGGGGUCCAGGCUGCUUCUCAUAGGCUUUUUGUUCCUCAUUCUGUCUUUUGCUGCCUACAUUGGCUUUACAGAAAAACAUGCAUACAGCCAAUUUUCUUAUUUUAUUCGUGCCACCAACAUGCCACAAAUAGAUAUCCAACACACUGCCCCAGAACCAAUGACAUCAAGGCCUCCAAAUGUGAAACGUGGCCCAGGUAGCUCCCCGUUGGAGCAAGAUGCUGUUAAGAGAUUGGCAGCUAAUGGCAGCAACCUGUACACCCAAGAGAAGAAUGCAGCCGUCACAGAUCCAUCAAAAUCAACGAUGACAGCUGCAGCUAGCAAAAAUCAUGCUGAGGCUCUAAAUGAAACACCAGCAGUAAAUAAAGAACAAGGCGAGAAGAAGGUUACACCAACAUCAGAAUCCAAUCCAGAGGAAGAGAAAAAUAAACACAUGGUGUCAGAACACAAAGGAAAGACGCAAGCAGAGGUUAAAUACAUGACACCAACAUCCAAUCAAAAGCAGGCUAAGGAAAAGGUUGCAACAAGAGCAUCCAGUCAACAGCUGCCUGAAGGUAGAAGUGUCACACCACCAUCUAGUGCAAACCAAACCGAGAGGAAACAAUCCAGAGAAAUGGGCAUUGCUAAAGAGAGCUCUACCAGAGUUGCUUCGCUUUCUGUUGUCAUGGUUCACAAUGUAUCUGUACCUGCUACGCAUCUAAUUCCUACAGCAGCCCCCAAGAAAAGACUAAAAGCAGCUGACUUCAGAUCUGAGCCUCAUUGGGACUUCGAUGACCAGUAUCUCCUGGACAAUUCCACUUCAAAAUCAAGCUGCCCCGAUUCUCUGCGGGUCAAGGCUGCCAAAUCUGAUUGGCUAAAGGAUCGUUUCCUGCCCAACAUCACACUCUUCAUGGACAGGAGUCACUUCAGUGGCCGCGAGUGGGAGCGUCUGGAGCAUUUUGCCCCACCCUAUGGUUUCAUGGAGCUUAAUUACUCAUUGGUAAAAGAAGUCAUAACCAUGCUUCCCUCUAAACCCUACCACCAAGUUCUCUUGGCACAAAACAGCAGCUGGCCUUCCAGGUGCAUCAGCUGCGCAGUGGUAGGAAAUGGGGGAAUACUGAACAACUCUAGAAUGGGCCAGGAGAUCGACUCCCAUGAUUACGUUUUCCGGGUGAAUGGGGCUGUGACCAAAGGUUAUGAGAAAGACGUAGGCACAAGAACGUCCUUCUAUGGAUUUACAGCCUACUCCUUAGUGUCUUCUGUUAUGUUACUGGGGAAGAAUGGAUUCAAGAAAAUCCCCAUGGGAAAGGAGAUCAAAUACCUUCAUUUUCUGGAAGGGGAAAGAGAUUACGAAUGGCUGAAAGCUCUUCUGCUGAACAAGAAAGUCAGGAAGGGAUUUUUGGACGUCUAUGGGCCAAACCCCCGGGAUAAAUUUGAUAACAAUUUCAUCCUGGAUAAAUACUUUGUGAUUCAUCCAGAUUUUCUCAGAUACAUGAAAAACAGAUUCCUAAAAUCCAAAACUCUAGACAAAUCCUACUGGCGGCUCUAUAGACCCACAACAGGUGCCUUCCUUCUACUAACUGCACUCCAUCUCUGUGACCAGGUAAGUGCUUAUGGGUAUAUCACAGAAGGCUACCAAAAGUAUUCGGAUCACUAUUAUGACAAGAAAUGGAAGCGCUUAAUCUUUUAUGCCAACCAUGACUUUGAUCUGGAACGGAGGACGUGGAAGAAACUUCAUGACUCGAACAUCAUGAAGCUGUACCAGCGAUCCUGAGCAAGAUGGAAAUGGAGCCCUGACUGCUGGCAUUUUUGCUUCGGGACAGAAACCUUGGAAGCAGGGAUGGAUCCAAGCCAAUUUUUUAAAUUAUUUAUUUCCACAGAGAAUAAUGGCUCCCUGUCCACUUUGCAUCUUUGAGAUUUGUUCUCGUAAAAACAUUCACUCCACUGCAUAUGCGGUUUUGUCAGUUAUGGGACAAAACAAAAUACAAAAAUGUUUGUACUGCUUGAAAACAUUUUCGUGGGGUUAAUUAUUUCCCGAGAAUCCACUGUGAGCAGAAUGAGCUGAAUCAGACUGCAGGCUUCACUCUCCCUGCUACCUGUGUUGGCCUGCACCUUUAUUCCAAAGUCUCAUGCAAAGAUCUUUCCCGUUGAUGCUCCCUGAGAUCACUUAAUUUGAAGCAUGUGAUCUACCUCUGAGCUGCAAUUCCCUCUGUUCCUCUGCUUUGCUUGUGUGUAGGAGUCAAUGCUGCAAGGGAGGUAUGUCUGUGCCAUGUCUGUAUGGUUUCCAUUUUGGAUUAUAUAGGACAACUACUGUUCUGUCUUUAACAACAUAAGUAACACCACCAUCACCACCAAAUCACAAAAUGCAUAUGUAGACACAGAAGUGGAUUAGGACAACCCAUAAGAUCUGGGCUUCACAGCCAUUUUUUGUGUGCCAUAGCAGCACCAGAUCCGUAGCUUUAUGGUUCAGUCUAUGGAGACAGAUGUGAUUUGGGUGGUAGUGGUGUUCAUCACUCAAGCAACAACAGCUAUGAAAAGACUACAGAGGGCUUUGGUUUCUUUAAAGUAUAAUCUUGUAAAUCUGCAUUAUAAAUUGGCAGGGAGGAUGAGUUCUCUGUGUUAGUCACAUCUGGGAAGGGGGAUUUUAUAUUUCAUUAAAUCUGAUGGCAAAAAGCAAAAAGAGUGCACACUGUAGAUUAUGUAAGUGGCAAGUACAAUCUCACAAAACACGGGUUCUACCUUCCCAGCCUUGGCUACCAGUAUAGGAUGAAACAUCUCAGAUAGCAUGAUGGGAUAGGGAAGAAUGGCAUCUGUAUUGCUCUGGCAGAGUACAUGCUUUGCAUGCAAAA